UAUUUUACCGAUCACCCGAUCUACGUCUAUGUUUAAAAAUAACUUUUUUUCAUAUGGCGUGAUCGUUCUACAAACUAAAGCUAUAACUAGCACAGUACAAUUAAGACGGAAAUUUGUUUUAAUCAAAAGUGGAAAAUGAAGAAUGAACACCCUUCAUGUAUCGGUACGUGUAUGCUGUGUCAAGUAAAGACUAUCAAAAUACAGGGUCACCUUGAUUGCACUACUUGCACGUGGAAAAGGCCUAUGUGUACAUAGGGUACACUCUCGAUACAUUACUACACGAUUUACUAUUUGACAUGACAUCUCCAAUCAAGAUAGAAAGUCCUUCUGUUCGAUAUUCGACAGACUUCAUCGAGGCAGAUUAUAUUUACACGAAUACACAAGUGCGUCAAGAUGCUAAAGGGACUUACAUAGCAACACCAACAAAUACAAAAUAUACUUUCAAAACUCAAAGAAAGGUUCCUAAACUCGGUGUUAUGUUAGUGGGUCUUGGCGGAAAUAAUGGAAGUACGGUUACAGCGGCCAUUUUGGCAAAUAAACAUAAGAUGUCUUGGCCAACAAAAGAAGGUGUAAGGCAUGCCAACUACUUAGGUUCGAUCACUCAGGCAAGCACUGUAUGUUUAGGCACAGGUCCAGAGGGAGAGAUUUAUGUUCCGCUCAAAGACAUGCUUCCUAUGGUUGACCCAAAUGAUAUUGUUAUUGACGGAUGGGACAUUUCAUCAUUGAACCUUGCAAAAGCUAUGGAGCGUGCCAAGGUUCUAGACUACAGCCUUCAAGAACAGUUACGUCCUUAUAUGGAAAAUAUCAAACCACGCCCAUCUGUUUACUUCCCAGAAUUCAUAGCAGCCAAUCAGAGUGAUCGGGCUGACAAUGUACUCUCUGGAACAAAACAAGAAUUACUGACAAAAAUCAGACAAGAUAUAAGAAAUUUUAAAGCAACAAGUGGCGUUGACAAGGUGAUCAUACUAUGGACUGCUAACACUGAAAGAUAUAGUGAACUGAUACCGGAAGUCAAUGGUAACGCAGAAAAUUUACUUAACAGCAUUAAAGCGGACGAAAGUGAAAUCUCACCUUCAACUUUGUUCGCAGUGGCUAGCAUACUGGAAGGGAUAACAUACAUCAAUGGAUCACCACAAAAUACAUUUGUACCUGGAGUUUUGGAACUUGCCGAAAAGAAGAAGGUUUUUAUCGCGGGUGACGACUUUAAAUCCGGACAAACUAAGCUUAAGUCCGUGUUGGUAGAUUUCCUCGUCAGUGCAGGCAUCAAACCGAAGUCAAUAGUCAGUUACAACCAUCUAGGUAACAAUGAUGGACAAAAUCUAAGCGCACCACAAACGUUCAGAUCUAAAGAGAUUUCAAAAAGCAACGUUGUUGACGAUAUGGUAGAUUCGAACAAUAUUCUGUUUCCCGAUGGAAAACGUCCAGAUCACUGUGUUGUUAUCAAAUACAUUCCUCAUGUAGGCGACAGCAAGCGAGCCAUGGAUGAAUAUACAUCUGAGAUAAUGAUGGGUGGGUCCAACACGCUUGUCAUUCACAACACGUGUGAGGAUUCUCUUCUAGCGUGUCCUCUCAUAUUAGAUCUGGUAAUUUUAGGGGAAAUAUUCGAGCGAAUUCAGUAUAGAACUGAGGACAAUAUGGAAUAUCAAAGUUUCAAUUCCGUUUUAUCAAUUCUUAGUUAUUUAUGCAAAGCCCCACUUGUUCCUCGCGGAACGCCUGUUGUCAAUUCACUUUUCCGACAAAGAAGUUGUAUUGAAAACGUACUACGUGCAUGCAUUGGUUUAGCUCCAACCAAUCAUAUGCUUUUAGAAUAUAAGCAUGCACAAAUUGCUCAAACAACUUCACGGAAACUAGUUAUUCCGCCUAAAGCAGCUAACGCAACAAACGGCCAUGUUCGACAUUCUUCAGACGAAGUUGAGAAAUAGUUCUACACAUUGAGUUAGCAAUGUCAGAUAUAAAUUUUCUUUGUACUUAGCUUUUUAAAUCUAUACUUAAACACGUAUGACAAAAAGAAAUCAACUGUUUACGAAAAUAAGUUCCAUUUUUUAAACAUUUACAAUGAAUUUAUUGACUAGAAUUAUAGAAAUAUUGGAAUUAUAGAAAUAUUGAAUGUCGUCACAACACAGACUCAUUUGGACCUAUUUUUAUAUGAUAAGAACUUGUCUCAAAAGUAAAACAUUACAGUAUACAUACCAGUUCAAUAAAUUCUUUUCUGUUAUAAAACUUUUUUUAAAAUUUUUAUUAGUAUAAAAGGAGUCAUAAUUAUAUCGUCAUGAAGGAAAAAAAUGAAUUAAACUAAAACAAACUA